GCUUGUUUGCCUGGUUGGUUCGUUGUUGGUCUUACUAACCCAAAAAAUCCAAUUCGUGUAUUUUAAUAUUCUUCAUCAGCUCCAAUCAUUGCAAUUGAAGUGAACAACAAAAACUAUCCUAAAUACAUAAUAACAUAAAUUAAGCAAAAACUAAAGCUACGACGGACAUCAAUAAGGAAAAUACUGAGAAAAAUUGUGCAUACGGUUAGUCAAGAGAAUUAUUAAUCGAAAGCGAUGACGACGGACAUUUCAAUUGUUCGAUGGGAUCCCAGUCAGGGACCCGGCAACGAAUAUAUCGAUGAAUAUGAAUAUGAUGGCGGUAAUUCCAGUUCGAGACUGUUUGAGCGUUCGCGUAUUAAGGCACUCGCUGAGGAACGUGAAAGUGUACAAAAGAAAACCUUUACCAAAUGGGUUAAUUCACAUUUGUGUCGUGUCAACUGCAGAAUAACUGAUCUCUAUGUGGAUAUGCGCGACGGUAAGCAUUUAAUCAAAUUGCUGGAAGUCUUAUCCGGCGAAAGACUGCCUAAACCUACGAAGGGUAAAAUGAGGAUCCAUUGUUUGGAAAAUGUUGAUAAAGCAUUGCAAUUUUUGCGAGAACAACGUGUACAUCUCGAGAAUAUCGGUUCACAUGAUAUUGUCGAUGGUAAUGCAUCACUUAAUCUAGGCCUAAUAUGGACUAUCAUUCUAAGAUUCCAGAUACAAGAUAUAACCAUUGAAGAAGUAGACAAUAAGGAAACGAAAUCAGCUAAGGAUGCUUUACUACUGUGGUGUCAAAUGAAAACAGCUGGUUAUCAUAAUGUCAAUGUGCGUAAUUUUACAACAUCGUGGCGUGACGGUUUGGCAUUCAAUGCCAUCAUUCAUAAGCAUCGCCCCGAUUUAGUACAAUUUGAAAAAUUGUCUAAAGCAAAUCCCAUUUAUAAUUUGAAUAAUGCUUUUGACGUGGCCGAAGAUAAACUUGGCUUAGCCAAGUUACUGGAUGCUGAGGAUGUCUUUGUAGAGCAUCCGGAUGAAAAAUCGAUCAUAACUUAUGUUGUUACCUAUUAUCACUAUUUUAGCAAACUUAAACAGGAAACCGUUCAGGGUAAACGCAUUGGUAAAGUUGUUGGUAUAGCGAUGGAAAAUGAAAAAAUGAUCAAAGACUAUGAACACUUUACCAGCGAUUUACUUAAGUGGAUUGAGACUACCAUUCAAGCAUUGGGAGAACGUGUUUUUGAAAACUCUUUAGUCGGUGUCCAGGGCCAAUUGGCUCAAUUCUCUAAUUAUAGAACAAUUGAGAAACCGCCCAAAUUUGUGGAAAAGGGUAAUCUGGAGGUACUUUUAUUUACGUUACAGUCAAAAAUGCGAGCCAACAAUCAAAAGCCGUAUACGCCUAAAGAAGGCAAAAUGAUUUCAGAUAUUAACAAAGCUUGGGAACGUUUAGAAAAGGCCGAACAUGAACGUGAAUUGGCCUUGCGCGAAGAAUUGAUACGUCAAGAAAAACUAGAGCAGCUCGCCGCGCGAUUUGAUCGCAAAGCGUCUAUGCGCGAGACAUGGCUAUCAGAAAAUCAACGUUUGGUAAGUCAAGAUAAUUUCGGAUUUGAUUUGGCUGCCGUCGAAGCUGCGGCCAAGAAACACGAAGCCAUCGAGACCGAUAUAUUCGCCUACGAGGAACGAGUUCAAGCUGUAGUGGCAGUAUGUGACGAAUUAGAGUCGGAACGUUAUCACGACGUUAAACGUAUACUGUUGCGCAAAGAAAACGUUAUGCGUUUAUGGAAUUAUUUAUUGGAACUUUUACGUGCGCGUCGCAUGCGUCUAGAAAUUUCAUUGCAAUUGCAGCAAAACUUCCAAGAGAUGCUCUAUAUAUUGGACAAUAUGGAAGAAAUCAAGCAGUUACUGCUUACCGACGAUUACGGCAAACAUUUAAUGGGUGUAGAAGAUCUUUUGCAGAAGCAUUCAUUAGUCGAAGCUGAUAUCAAUAUAUUAGGCGAGCGAGUCAAGGUGGUUGUGCAAAAUUCGCAGAAAUUCCUUAGUGACGAUCCUGAUUCAUAUAAACCUUGUGAUCCGGAGAUUAUUGUUAGUCGGGUGCAGCAACUUGAGGAUGCCUAUGCCGAAUUAGUGCGCUUAGCUGUUGAACGUCGCAGCCGUUUAGAAGAAAGCCGCAAAUUGUGGCAAUUCUAUUGGGAUACAGCCGACGAAGAAAACUGGAUUAAAGAGAAAGAACAAAUUGUAUCUACAGAUGACAUUGGUCACGAUUUGACUACGGUCAACUUGCUUUUAAGUAAGCACAAAGCUCUUGAAUCCGAGAUUAAUUCUCAUGAUCCUCAAUUACAAAAUGUGGCUAAGGUUGGUGCUGAACUCAUCACCGAAGGUCACUUCGGAGCUGAUCGUAUCAAGGAUCGUCUAAAAGAAAUUCUGUCAAAAUGGGAUCAUCUCUUGGACCUUCACAAAUAUAGACGUCAACGUUUAGAAAACGCUGUUGAAUACUUCCAAUUGUUUGCUGACGCCGAUGACAUUGACAACUGGAUGUUGGAUACGUUACGUAUUGUUUCCAGUGAAGAUGUUGGACGCGACGAAGCUAAUGUUCAGUCUCUACUCAAGAAACACAAAGAUGUCGCUGAUGAGCUUAAAAACUACGCCGAAAAUAUUGAUGCUUUACACAAACAGGCCGAGAGUCUCAAACUUAAUGAUGCCGAAAAAGCUAAUGUCGACAAACGCCUGGAAGCUAUCGAUACGCGUUAUAAAGAACUUUCUGAAUUGGCUAAAUUGCGUAAGCAACGUCUUUUGGAUGCUCUCAGUUUAUACAAACUAAAAUCGGAAGCAGAUGGUGUUGAACAGUGGAUUAAGGAAAAAACCAAAAUGCUUGACACCAUGAUACCCGGCAAAGAUAUUGAGGAUGUUGAAAUUAUGAAACAUCGUUUUGAAGGCUUCGAUAAGGAGAUGAAUGCUAAUGCGUCUCGGGUAGCCGUCGUUAACCAACUGGCCAGACAACUAUUGCAUGUAGAACAUCCCAAUUCUGAUGAGAUUCUGGAGCGUCAAAAUCAUCUUAACGAAGAGUGGUCUGCUUUGCGCGAGAAGGCUGAGGCUAAAAUGGACGAACUUAAAUCCGCCCAUGGCGUCCAAACGUUCUACAUUGAAUGUCGUGAAACUAUUUCUUGGAUUGAAGAUAAAAAACGCAUACUCACAGAAACUGAUAGCUUGGAAAUGGAUUUGACCGGUGUCAUGACAUUGCAAAGACGUCUCAGCGGAAUGGAACGUGAUCUGGCUGCCAUUCAAGCCAAACUUUCCAGCCUGGGCAAAGAAGCUGACAGUAUUGAAUCCGAACAUCCGGAGGAAGCUCAAAUUAUACGCGAUCGUAUUGCUCAAAUUGAACUGAUUUGGGAGCAGUUAACUCAAAUGUUGAAAGAACGUGAUUCUAAGCUGGAAGAAGCCGGCGAUUUGCAUAGAUUUUUGCGCGAUUUGGAUCAUUUCCAGACUUGGUUGACGAAGACGCAAACCGAUGUUGCUUCCGAGGAUACGCCCACUUCAUUGCCCGAAGCCGAGCAAUUGCUUAAUCAGCACCAGUCUAUACGCGAAGAGAUCGACAACUACACAGAAGAUUAUAAGAACAUGAUGGAAUACGGUGAACGUUUAACAUCCGACUCAAACACUACAGACGAUCCACAAUACAUGUUCUUGCGCGAGCGUUUGAAGGCUCUUAAAGAUGGCUGGGAAGAAUUACAUCAGAUGUGGGAGAACCGACAAGUUUUGUUAUCUCAAAGCCUUGAUCAGCAAUUGUUUAACAGAGAUGCUCGUCAAACCGAAGUUCUUCUUAGCCAACAAGAACACUUCCUCAGUAAAGAUGAUACUCCAAUGAAUUUGGAACAAGCUGAAAAUCAACUCAAACGGCACGAGGCUUUCUUAACCACCAUGGAGGCUAACGAUGACAAAAUCAAUACUCUGUUGCAAGUCGCCGACACUUUGGUUGAAAAAGAACACUUUGACGCCGAAAAAAUUGGUAAACGUGCCGAAAAUAUUGCAAGUCGUCGUGAUGAUAAUCGCAGGAGAGCUUUAGAGCAACACGAGAAAUUGAAGAACCAAGUUAAAUUACAUGAAUUUUUACAAGAUUUGGAUGAGUUAGCCGAAUGGGUUCAAGAGAAAUAUGCUACCUCACAGGAUGAAACAUAUAGAAGCGCUAAAACCAUUCACUCCAAAUGGACAAGGCAUCAGGCUUUUGAAGCGGAGAUCGCUGCCAAUAAAGAACGAUUGUUCGAAGCCGAAAAGGCCGCCGAAGAAUUAUCAAGGGAAAAGCCUGAGUUUAAAGACGUUAUUCAACCAAAAUUGAAAGAGUUAGGUAAACAAUUUGAAGAUUUGGAAGUACACACAAAGGAGAAAGGGGCCAUGUUGUUUGACGCUAACCGCGAAGUUUUAGUGCAACAGACCUGCGAUGAUAUUGAUUCUUAUAUUACUGAAUUAGAAAAACAAAUUGUUAGCGCCGAUACGGGUAACGACUUGACGUCCGUGAAUAUAUUGAUGCAAAAGCAGCAAGUCAUUCACAGUCAAAUGGCGGUAAAAGCUCGACAGGUAGAGGAAAUCGACAAGCAGACGGAAUAUUUAAAAACCACUGUUCCAGAGGAGAAAAUCGAGCCGAUUGUUACCAAAAAGACCGCGGUUCUCGAUCGUUUCGAGAAGAUCAAGGCGCCUUUACUAGAGCGCCAAAAGCAGCUGGAAAAAAAGAAAGAAGCCUUCCAAUUCUGUCGAGAUGUUGAAGAUGAGAAGUUAUGGAUUAACGAAAAAUUGCCGGUCGCUAAUUCAAGAGAAUAUGGCAACUCUCUGUUUAAUGUACAUGUAUUGAAGAAGAAGAAUCAAUCUUUAGCCACCGAAAUCGACAACCAUGAGCCACGUAUUAACGCUAUCUGCAAUAACGGCCGCAAACUCAUCGAUGAGGGCCAUGAAGACGCCAAAAAGUUCGAAGCUCUCAUUAGUGAUUUGACACAGAAAUGGCAAGAAUUGAAAGACGCUGUCGAUAAUCGUAAGAAACACUUAUUAGAAUCCGAGAAAGUUCAGCAGUACUUUUUCGAUGCUCAGGAAGCUGAAUCAUGGAUGAGCGAACAAGAGCUCUACAUGAUGGUGGAGGAUCGGGGCAAAGACGAGGUCAGCGCCCAAAAUUUAAUGAAAAAACACGAGAAUCUGGAGCAAUCCAUUGAAGAUUAUGCGAAUACUAUACGCCAACUAGGUGAAGUCGCGCGACAAUUCAACGUUGAUGACAUUUCAAGUGGCGAUGCGGUUGCGGUUAAACAAUCGCAAUUGGAUAAAUUGUAUGCUGGCCUAAAGGAUUUGGCAGGAGAGCGUCGUGCUCGUCUUAACGAAGCAUUGCAAUUAUUUAUGCUUAGUCGUGAAGUAGACGACUUGGAUACCUGGAUCACAGAUCGUGAAGUUGUAGCUGGUUCUCAGGAGUUGGGACAAGAUUACGAUCACGUUACAUUACUCUCUGAGCGCUUUAGUGAGUUUGCACGCGAUACAGAAGCCGUGGGCGGUGAACGUGUAGCCAAGGUAAACAACAUUGCUGACAAUUUAAUUCAGGCUGGCCAUUCCGAUUCUGCAACAAUUGCAGAAUGGAAGGAUAAUUUAAACGAAUCUUGGCAAGAUCUUUUAGAACUGAUUGAAACACGCACACAAAUGCUUGCCGCCUCACGCGAAUUGCACAAAUUCUUCCACGACUGCAAAGAUGUGUUGAGUCGCAUUAUUGAAAAGCAACAUGGCGUUUCGGAUGAAUUAGGCCGCGAUGCCGGUUCCGUUUCAACUUUACAGCGCAAACAUUAUAAUUUUAUGCAGGACCUGACCACACUUUACGCCCAAGUACAACAAAUACAAGACGAAUCUGCCAAAUUGCAAGAUUCCUACGCCGGCGAUAAGGCUAAGGAAAUAACCAAUCGGGAACAAGAAGUAUUACACGCCUGGGCGAAUUUACAGGCGAUGUGCGAUGCACGCAAACAAAAAUUGGCAGACACCGGUGAUCUAUUCCGCUUCUUCAAUAUGGUACGCAUAUUGAUGAUCUGGAUGGAGGACUUAGUGCGUCAAAUGAACACUUCUGAAAAACCACGUGAUGUGUCUGGCGUCGAAUUGUUAAUGAACAAUCAUCAAAGCCUGAAAGCGGAAAUUGAUACGCGUGAAGACAAUUUCACGGCUUGCAUAUCAUUGGGUAAAGAAUUAUUGACUCGCAAUCAUUAUGCUUCAGCCGACAUCAAAGACAAACUUCUACAAUUAAACAAUAGUCGAAAUGGUUUAUUGAGAAGGUGGGAAGAACGUUGGGAGAAUUUACAAUUAAUUUUGGAAGUAUAUCAAUUCGCUAGAGAUGCUGCCGUCGCUGAAGCUUGGUUAAUAGCACAAGAACCAUACUUGUUGUCUUCUGAAUUAGGUCAUACCAUAGAUGAAGUUGAAAAUCUAAUUAAGAAGCAUGAAGCGUUUGAAAAGUCUGCUGCCGCCCAAGAGGAGCGUUUCAGUGCACUUGAGCGUUUAACAACAUUUGAGCUUAAAGAAAUGAAAAGACGCCAAGAAUUGGCCGAAGAAGCAGAACGUCAACGCAUUAAAGAAGAAAUGGAAGCAAAGGCCGCAGCCGAAGCAGCAGAGGCGGCUAAACGUGAAGCUGAAAGACGUGAUGUUGUUGAUGUUGCAGCUGCCGAAGAAUCAGCUGCUGUUAUUGAUACAGCAAUUGAGAUCGAACGUACUGCAGAAACUCAAACAGAACGCUCUGCCGCUGCUGGUGGAGAAGGUCAUGAAGGCUACUUGACAAGAAAACACGAAUGGGAAUCUACCACCAAGAAAGCUAGCAACAGAUCCUGGGAUAAGGUUUAUACAGUGGCUCGAGGUGGACGUCUGUCUUUCUUUAAAGAUCAAAAGGGUUAUAAGAGUAAUCCUGAAUUGACCUUCCGCUCAGAACCGGUUUAUGAUUUGCAAGGAGCUGCCGUUGAAGUUGCUAGUGAUUACACUAAGAAAAAGCAUGUCCUUAGAGUAAAACUUUUGAAUGGCGGCGAAUUUUUAUUACAAGCUCACGAUGAUAAUGAAAUGUCCCAAUGGGUCGCCGCUCUUAAAAUUCAAAGUGAUUCGGCUGCUGUUGCUGAAAGCCGAUCACAGACAUUGCCAGCCACUUCGCAAAAGGAUGAACCAAAGCGCAGAUCAUUUUUUACUUUAAAGAAAAAAUAAAGAAUUAAACAAAUAGAGACGAGAUAUCUUCUAAUUGAAAGAACGGAAAAGCUUACAAAACAUUUAAAAAUUAAUUAAUAUUUAAAAAAAGAAAAACCGUAUAUUUAAAAGGGGAAAAACCAGAAAAU